AUGCAAACGGUAAUUUCCUGUCCAUAUCCCCGCCUUGUGACUCAUCGACGAAAAACAGUGGAGCUCCGUAAAUGGAGAAAGUGUGCUGAUGCGAAAGGCGAAAUAAAGAAGCUAAGGGGCGUCCCCACCACCAUCCUCAACAAUUUUAUGGCGUGUGGACGCCUCGUGGUCUUUGUCGCGUAUGAACUGGCAUUGCCGAUUGUUGAACACCGUGAGGGACAACCAAUCGAAACAGCCCGCAUUGACAUGGUCAAGUCCUUGCUGUUGAACGAUUCAUUUCUUGACGGACUCUUGAAGUUGCGUGCAGGAGACGGGACCGUUCAGCCAUUCCUGGUACCGCUUGCAAAUCGCGCGAUCACCAAUAUUUUGGAAAUCGUGCUGUUGGAGCAACAAUACAGUCAAUACAUCUUCGAUGGCUCAGACAAGUGGAAGUUGCGGCUCAUGAAUGCCUUCUCUCUCGGAGGAACAACGUGUAGGUGGGGUUUAAGACAACACGAAACAGGUGUUUUCAUGCAAGCCGAGCUUAACACUCUGGACAAUGCUCGAUACUUUGAAUACCUUACAGAUCAAAUUUCUCAAAUUGAUCCCACUAAACUGUCGUAUUUUGAUGCACUGCUCACUGACAAACACUUUGUAUUGACGGGUUGCUCAUCCUAG